AUGGAAGAAUUGUUUGUGAAGGAACGAAGGAGGCUAGCCUUACAAGGAAUUGCUAGCUAUCAAUUCGAUCCAAUCGGUUGUCAAAUUCUUUUCAGUUAUGGCAGUGGAAUAUAUUUAGGACAUAUUGGCGAGAAUGGUGAAUUUAAUCCCAUACCAAUAACGCCUCGUUCUAGCUCUAUAAUAUUUUCUGGAAAUUCAAUGAACUUUUCCCAAAUUAACUUUCCUUUUACCUUUCCACAAUCUAUUUCAUGCGAUAAAUCAAUAACAACUACAAUACCAACAAAUUCUGACCACAUAUAUAUUUCAAAUUUGAAAUCAAAUAAAAAACAGGCAUUAAAAAAUUCAUCAACAACAAUUUUAUCAAAUAAGUUACCAGUUGUUCAUUGGAGACCUUUAUUGUCAGAAUUAUGGUUAAAAGAAAAAUCCUUUUCUGAAACAUUAUCGAGAGAAGAAUUGUUUGUGAAGGAACGAAGGAGGCUAGCCUUACAAGGAAUUGCUAGCUAUCAAUUCGAUCCAAUCGGUUGUCAAAUUCUUUUCAGUUAUGGCAGUGGAAUAUAUUUAGGACAUAUUGGCGAGGUGAUUUGUUGA